AUGGAGAAAAUUUUUAAGAUGGCCUCGGACAAACCAACCUAUGCUAUAAGAACUGUUAUUUCUGCUCUUCUUGAAGAGGCUGCGCUGACACGAGCACUCCUCGACGACAAUUCCACUGCACACAUUGGAAACGCUAUAGUGUGCUUGUCUACCCGAUUGAUUGGCUUAGAUUUGACGUUGGAACAACUCAAAACCAUGCUCCCAGGGAUGUUCCUGACUACUUUCACAUUUGCAUAUACUUUUGACAUUGCGAACCAAACGUUCUCAGUGGAAGAGGAUACAAUCAACAAGCCGAACCGGCCCAUUCCAUCCGGCAGACUCAGCAUGAAUGGCGCAUACACGCGCUGGCUAAUCAGCUGGGUUAUUUCGUUGGCCAUUAUAGGCUUGACUGUCAGUCAUCAAGCUGCUUUAGUGCUCCUUCAGUGGGAGGUGUGGGUUUCGCUCUUCUACGUGUGGCCAAAAUUCCAGAAUUGGGUCGCCCGGAACCUCUUCACUGCGGUUGGGGCCACGAUUCAGCUAAGAUUGCUUGAUGCUGUGCUUGUAAAGACCAUUCCGUCUUUCCGGGCGGAUAGCUCCCUUACGUGGCUAUUGUUCAUCUGGUUGGCGUGGACCAUCCAUGUGCAGGAGUUUCACGAUACGGAGGGUGAUCAGCGAGUUGGUCGCCAAACGCUGCCCCUGAUUGUAGGGCGUCGAGGGCAGUUCCCGCUGCGUGUUGUGACUGCCAUGAUUAUUGGUGGCACUGGCAUUUCCAGUAUCGUUCUGGCCCAACUUUGGCGUACCCCAAAUCCGGCUAUGUUAUAUCUAGCAUUAGCCCACCUACUCUUCAUGUUAACCGUCGCAGUUCGGCUGGUGGUGCUGCCGUUCAAGGAGGCUGACAAAGUCACCUAUAAGUAUUACUAUACUCUGGCAACCUACAGUUUGCUGCUAUUUCGUCAACAUACCGAAAGACUAGGUUCAUUUGGUGGGAAUGCAGUUGAGCUUGGGUAA